AUGAAGAUACCGGAUGUUCUAGAUAACCUAAACCUAGAACUAACUGAACAAAACUUCAUAAUAGUACUAUGCGCCACUGUGGUGAUUGUGGUACUUUUCGUCUCUUUUCUACUCGUGAAAAGUAAGACCAAACUAAACUGGUAUGUGAUAGGAUAUAAAAAACUUUGAAAAGUCUUAUCUUGGCCUAGGUAUGAUCAAAACGUUCUUGACAUGGGUACAAACCCGACACAUCUUCGAUGCACCACUCUGUACCGAACAAAUACUGAAGAUACUACCUAUGAGCCAGCGUAAUUUUUGAUUAAAGUCAAAAAUAAUAACUUUCUGGGUGUUUUCAGGAGAGUUAACCUUACCGAUACCUUCCGCGAGUCUACUAGCAGCAGUAGCAACAUUCCUAAAGGAGAUCUAUCUGACUUGUUCAUGAUACCUAAAGCUAAAAAAGGACCUAGAAGCAUGUUCUCCAAUUUGCACCAGAAUCAGUUCGAUAGAGGACUUUAUCAGUUUCCGGUAAGCUCGUGUCCAACUGGAAAUGUGGCAGUGGUCAAAGUUUCAACCUUUCCUGCACUAUACUUAAAUUUCAAAAAUGUAUAAAAAUUUUAUUCAGAUGGGCGAUGAAUCGGCGUGCAGCUCAGUGAACAUGUCUGCGGUCGGUUCAAUUCAACUAAGUGUCAGCCACGAUGUUAAUUUGAACCUGCUCACAGUGACCAUCAUCAAGGCUAUUGAUCUUCCAACAAAACGAGAAGAUGAUCAACCAAAUCCCUUUAUGAAAGUUUCUCUUGAGGUAAGCAGAAGUGGUGGAAAUGAAGAUUUCUUAUUUUGUUUCGUUUUGUUAUGCAGAUCCCGGAUUCUAAGAAACCAAGCGUUGAUCACCAAACUAAAGUUUACAAUGGCACCGCGUCCCCUCUGAUUAAUGAGGACUUUUAUUUUUCGGUAGAGCUUGUAAAUGAAAAAUUCAUUAUCCUCAAUUGUUUCAGGUUACAUCCCAACAAAUAAGCACGUGUCGUUUGGAGGUUAUGGUAUACGACUAUGAUCAGUUUAGGUUUCUUUUAAGAUUAAUUAAAUUUCUUCCAAAACUGACGUUUUUAAGUGUUGAUGAAUGUGUUGGAUAUUGCUGGUUGACACUCGGCAGAAUAAAUGAGCAUUUCGAGCAUGACUCGCCCACGCUAUUCUGGGCGGAAGUGUUACCCUACGAGGACGGCGAGAAUGUAGGGAUGAACAGGAGAAGCAGAUAGGCUCAUUAACUUUUUGUGUUGCAGAAAGGCUAUGGUCAAGUUUUAUUUGCACUUUCAUAUCUCUCCCAUGCCCAAAGACUCACUAUGAACAUUUUCAAAGUGAGAAAUGUGAGAUUCAGGAAUGAAGGAAGUAAGUGGUCUCUCAAAGUGUUUGGAGAAUAUUUUACAAAUUCAGAUGUGGCACUACGUGUCACUCUACUGGAUGGCGAUGAAAAACCACUAAAAAAGAAGAAAACAAACUCUAAGAAAGCUGCAAGAACGGUUCAAUUCAACGAAUGUCUGACAUUCGCCAUCCCCAAACAUACCCUUUGCGAUGUUUUCGUAACAGUUGAGGUAUUUCACUUUUCUAGUUCAAAGUUCAUCUCAUUUUCACACUUUUCACAGCUCAUCACUGAAACCGGCACAUUUGGUAUCGCUUCUCGCACACUGUCGCGAAUGCAACUGCCGUUACACAAGUUUGUUCAACUUUUGGCUGUUGGAAUAGCUGUCAUUGGUUUUUACAGGUGUAAAGACUUAUGGCGAGCAAUAAUCCGGGAAGAGAAGUCGCAGGCAAGAUGGUAUCCGUUUGAGCAGCCAUGA